AUGCCAUGGAGGCCAAGAACAGUGCCAGCAAGGCCGUGGGCACAGCUACCGAGGCGGCUGCNGCUCAUUGGGGAGGGCGACCAGAUGGCUGUGAAGGCUUCGGAGUACGCUGAAGCGGUACUUGCUGUCGUAACACCUAAUGCACAAUCAGAGAAUAUCCCUGCGAAGGUGGUUGAGAAUAUUCCAGCGGUGGUGAACAAGGCCAGAAAUGCCGUGCAGCUGUUGAUGGCGAUUGCGAAUAAAUUCACAGCGGCGGUGGACUCGUCGAGCGACGCAAACUCCAAUGCCAUGGAGGCCAAGAACAGUGCCAGCAAGGCCGUGGGCACAGCUACCGAGGCGGCUGCUGCAGCCAGGGAGGCGUCGAGGAAGACUGCGGAGGUGGCAGAGGUCUGCAAGGAGGCCGAUGCGAACUGUGCGGAUGUGGUGGCUGAUGCCACGACAGCAGCUGCAAAGGCCAGCGAGGCGGCCGCCAAAGCUGAGCUUGCCGUGGGGGAGGCCAAGGAGGCUGCGGCGAAGGCGAAUGAUGCUGCUGUGAAGGCUCUGGCUGCAAAGGACAUUGCCAAGGCUGCAGCUGAGAUGGCGAUGCAGGCAGCGAAGGACGUUACUGAUGUGCCGGACUUCCUCAAGAAGGCGCUGGAGGAUUCUAAAGAAACGAGUACUACUGAGGCCAAAGCAAAAGAGGCUUUGAAGGAAGCACAGCGCGUCAAGAAGUCAGUGGACCUCGUGAAAGGAGUCAAGGUGGAGAAUGCAAAGGCGGUGACGCUUAUUAAUGAGGCGCAGAAGUCUUUGGCAGCAGCUGUGGAAAAGGCCACGGCAGCAGAGAAGAAUGCUGGGCUGAUGAGGGACCUUGCUAGAGCCGCUGUGGAGGCCGCUGAAGGUGCGUCUCAACGCACGCAGACAUCCGCUGCAGCAGCGCUGAAGAGAGCUGAGGAGGAGGCGCGGCGUGUUUCCGAUGGAGCGGCUGCGGUAUCCGGCAAGGGAAACGGCAGCGUCAUUGCUGCGUGGGUGCGUGCACCACUGCUGCUGGUGUUGUUGCUGGGGGCAUUGACCCUCUGCUCUGUGUGGUGA